CUGAAAGGAUCUUUUGAAUCCUUCAUUUAAAGUCUUUGCUUUUCAGAGGGGGAAUUGAGGCAGGUAGUCACAAUAAACUUGUAGGAGAAAGAAGGAAGAUUUUGGAGUAAAAAUUGUAGUUCAAAAGAGAGCAUCUGAUAUAUUUUAAAGCAAUGUUUAUAUUAUGUAUUUGUUAAUUUUAUUCUAUUUCCCUGCAGGUUUAAAUGUGUAUUUGGCUACUUGGCUACUGAUUAGAGAACACAAAAUGAAUAACUCAACAAACUCCUCUAACAAUGGCCUGGCUCUGACCAGUCCUUAUAAGACAUUUGAAGUGGUUUUUAUUGUCCUUGUGGCUGGGUCCCUCAGUUUGGUGACCAUUAUUGGGAACAUCCUGGUCAUGGUCUCCAUUAAAGUCAACCGCCACCUCCAGACCGUCAACAAUUACUUUUUGUUCAGCUUGGCCUGUGCUGACCUCAUCAUUGGUGUUUUCUCCAUGAACCUGUACACCCUUUACACUGUGAUUGGCUACUGGCCUUUGGGACCUGUGGUGUGUGACCUUUGGCUAGCCCUGGACUAUGUGGUCAGCAACGCCUCAGUAAUGAACCUGCUCAUCAUCAGCUUUGACAGAUACUUCUGCGUCACAAAACCGCUCACCUAUCCCGUCAAGCGGACCACAAAAAUGGCAGGUAUGAUGAUUGCAGCCGCCUGGGUUCUCUCCUUUAUCCUCUGGGCUCCGGCCAUUCUCUUCUGGCAGUUCAUUGUAGGGGUGAGAACUGUGGAGGAUGGGGAAUGCUACAUUCAGUUUUUUUCCAAUGCUGCUGUCACCUUUGGCACUGCCAUUGCAGCUUUCUAUUUGCCUGUGAUCAUCAUGACUGUGUUAUACUGGCACAUAUCCCGAGCCAGUAAGAGCAGGAUAAAGAAGGACAAAAAGGAGCCUGUGGCCAAUCAAGAUCCAGUUUCUCCAAGUCUGGUACAAGGAAGGAUAGUGAAGCCAAACAACAACAACAUGCCUGGCAGUGAUGAUGGCCUGGAGCACAACAAAAUCCAGAACGGCAAAGCUCCCAGAGAUGCUGUGACUGAAAACUGUGUCCAGGGGGAGGAAAAGGAAAGCUCCAAUGAUUCCACCUCAGUCAGUGCUGUCGCCUCUAAUAUGAGAGAUGAUGAAAUAACCCAGGAUGAAAACACAGUUUCCACUUCCCUGGGCCACUCCAAAGAUGAGAACUCAAAGCAAACAUGCAUCAAAAUUGUCACCAAGACCCAAAAAGGUGACUCAUGUACCCCAACUAAUACCACCGUGGAGGUAGUUGGUUCUUCAGGUCAGAAUGGAAAUGAAAAACAGAACAUUGUUGCUCGCAAGAUUGUAAAGAUGACCAAGCAGCCUGCAAAAAAGAAGCCUCCUCCUUCCCGGGAAAAGAAAGUGACCAGGACGAUCUUGGCCAUUCUGUUGGCUUUCAUCAUCACUUGGGCCCCAUACAAUGUCAUGGUGCUCAUUAACACCUUCUGUGCACCCUGCAUCCCCAACACAGUGUGGACAAUUGGUUAUUGGCUCUGUUACAUCAACAGCACUAUCAACCCUGCCUGCUAUGCACUUUGUAAUGCCACCUUCAAGAAGACCUUUAAACACCUUCUCAUGUGUCAUUAUAAGAACAUAGGCGCCACAAGGUAAAACAUCUUUGUAAAGAAAGAAGGUAGUCAAGGGGAGCUUGGCGAAAAGAAACAGAAUAAAAGAGCUCCUAGUUUUCAGAUCUCUGCCAUUGCACUUUAUAGUCUUAUCAUGGAAUGUGCAAUUAAGGAGCCCAACAGUGACACUCUUAUGGUGCCUAUGCUCCAGUUUGAAACUUGUACCUUAUAAACCCUGUCAGUUUAGGAGCAAGGAGACCAUUAAGGAGACAUGUUGGAACUGUGGAUUUAAGAAAUGAUCUAUGCUUUCUCAUACUCUCUUGAAGAAGGGCUUCUGAAUCUAUAAUUUUAUCUCUGCACAAAAAGAAUAAUAACCUCACUCCUUUUUUUCAUUUUUUUGUUCCCAAGUGUCCAUAUGAGGAUGAAAUGCCACAGUUACAAACUAACCUGGAGAGUUAAAGAUAAAGAAAGCCAUUACACAAUGGCGAAGUGAACAAAGAAGAUCAAAAAAGGAUGUAGAAAUGGCCUCCGGAGUGUUUAACAUAUAUUAUUCUCUUGUUUUGGUUUUAUGUGGAGAAUUGCAACAUAAUAAAUGCUUAUCUUUUUUUGCCUUUCCCUUUCCCACCAUCAAAAGAGAGCAAACAAACAAAAACAAACAAAAAACUUAAUUACAUUACAUCAUUAUUUUUCUCAUAUGGCAUUGGUUUUUAUACUUCCCUGUUUUACAUUGUGUAAGGGCAAAAUCUGCAGGACUUUCACUAAAUACGGAGACAGCCAUGAAAAAGGGUAUUUCACCCCUGCCCACUGUGUCUUUUACAUUCUUUGGGGGUAUAAAACCCUAUGAGGAUUUAGUUCACUUAUGAUUCUUCAUGUGAAAUAUUUUCACCAAUCUGGUUUUCUACUAAACUAGCCUCUUAUUUUAAUAGAAUAGCCUACGUAAUAUAUAAAUAUGCUUGAGAAACCAAAGUCAUUUUUUAAAUUGAGGUUUCAUCAAAUUGAACAAUGGUCAUUCUUGUUGGAGAAAGUUUACUGAGAGCGGGUGAAUUUUGAGAUAAGAAAAUAGAAGGUUGAAAGGGCAUCCUGUUUCAACCUGAUCUGCCUAACCUGUGUAUGACAUGCUAACUUGUAAACAUGAACUCCUGGCCUUUGUCAGCAGGAAGAUGCUGCUUUAUUCAUCUGGAAACUUAAAUAGGAUUAACUUAUUCAUGUGGCACCAAUGACUUUUGGGUCAGUCCCAAGAGAAUAAGACCUUCUCCUCAAUGCUUGCUAAAGGAUGAUAUUCAACUUACAGAUAAGUGAGGUUUAUAACCAUCCUAUGACCUAUGGAGGGAAAAAAAAAUAGAGUAAUUAAAAAACAUAUACUGAAACCACCUUUUUUUCCCCUCAAAUCAUCAGUUCUCCGUAAAAUUUUUUAACUUCAAAAUUCUGUCAAUAGAAGUAGUAAUCUUUAUGGCAGAAAUGUUAUGGAUACCUAAACAGGCCAAGUGAGCUCAGCAAAAUCUGAAAGAAUAUAAGUGGCUGCACCUGUGCCACUUCUCACCAUUUUUAAAAAUUCUAGCCCAUAGAAGAGUCACAUCAGAAACGAUUACCCAACGGCGCUUUAUAUAAAUCUUGUCUAUGUAAGACUUUUUAUUGGUACCCCAAAUAAAUAUACAAUUAUAUUGACUCACACUUAGUUAUUUUUACCCCUCAACUUUUUUUUCUUACUAUAUUUGCUAUAGUCUUCCAAUCAGAUUUUUUAAAGAUGGCCCAAUCAAUAGAAAUCAAAUUUAUAAAAACCCUUUACAAAUUUUACAUUUUAGAUUUAUGGGCUUUAUGAUAACUUGACCAGUAAUAUCCAUGUGAGUUGCAUGAUGAAUUUGUCAGUAUUAGACUUUAGCACUUCAAUUAGAGUUAUUUUGUGUGACUUGCCUCACUGAUGGCAUCUCAAAACUUUGGGGAGCUGAAAAAAAAGCACAAGGCAAAUAACAACAAAAAAGAGCAAUUAGUAAGAAGCAAAUUGCCAAUAAUUUUUGUAUAUAACUUAUCCUUUAUAAAAAUAACUUCUUGUUUCAACAACUUCAGUCAUUCUUCCCCAACUAAAUCUUCUAUUUAUAAACAUACAGCAUCAGUUCAUACAGAUAUCUUUAUUCUACCUUAAUGUAAACUUUUACAUUUAAGAUCCAUAUUUAUUUUUAUUUUGUUUCUUCAAGUCAACGUAUCACUUUAGUUGGGAUGAACUCUUUGGAUUCAAGGAUUGAGGAUUCAGGAUUUGGGUCCUUUUUUGCCUUCUCUAGCAGUCCAGCUCAUCGUGAAUCCAACUGCCUCUUACUCUCCAUUGCCAUCACAUGCUCUCCUUUCUUCCUUCUAUUCUUGAUCUCCACCGUAUCUACCACAACCUUAUUGAAAGAGAAACAAUCAAAAAUUAAAGAAAGGAAUUGAAUAUAGACUGACACAUCAUGGAAGCUUUGUAAACCGGAAUCAGAAAAAUGGAAAGAAUACUGAAAAUAGUAGAUGAUUAGAAAGAUAUGGAGACUGCAUCCAAAGGCUUGCAUUAACUAUUGCUGGAUUUGUCUAUUUCAGUGGCUCCCAACUAGGGACCAUUUUUCCUCCCAGGGGACAUUUAACAAUGUGUGGAGACAUUGUUGGUUGUCACAACUUGAGAGAGGGCUAUUGGCAUCUAGUGAAUAUAGGGGCCAGGGAUGCUGCUAAACGGCUUACAAUGCACAGGAUAGACCCCACAACUAAGAAUUUUUUGGCUCAAAAUGUCAGCAGUGCCAAAGUUGAGAAACCCUGGCCUAUUUUAAGGGAUUCGAGAGCUUGCUUUAUAUAAGUGGGAAAAUAAUCCUGUUUAACUCUUAGAAUAUCAAUGCAAAUUGUUCAUCUGUUUGAAAAAGGUUAAUGUUCACCAAUCAUGUAUCAGACACACUGUCAUCCGUUGAGUCUGGUGUAUUUGUAAUUCACAGACUGGGAACACAAGACACAUCUAUAUAGCCAAAAUCACCAGACCAUGCACAUAGCACAUUGUUUCCAACAUCUUAAUGUCCACUUACGAUUGCCACAGUGUCCAGUCAAUUGAAGUUGAAGUAGUUGGCUAUUAAAAUGGUUGCAGUUGAUAUGUUCACUUUCUAUUGGAGCUGCUAUUUUUCCUGUCAAAAACCUUAACAGCCUCUUUCAGAAACAUUAUGAUUCAUCUCCUUUAUCUUCACUGGAAAGGUAAAUAUCUGUCAAGAACUUCUUCUUUCCUCAUAGCAAUAAUGUAAAUAUCCCAGAGCGGUCUUCUAAGAAGAGGAAUUUAAGAAUGUGAAAAAGCUAGUUCAUUUCUUGAAAAAAGAAAUGAUUGCCUUUUUACCAGUUCAUCAUUAAUUUAAUGUCAGCUCCCAAGUGGUAGGACAAAGUCAUCAGUAUAAUAAGCCACAUAGAUAAGCUUUCUGGUUUGAGUGUCAAAGCUGGAGGUCCCACAUAAUCCUGCUCUUUUUCCAUUCACCACUUUUUUGACUCUAAACAUCUGACAUCGGGAGAGACGGGAGUUCAAAACGAUGGCAACAUAUACUUAGAAAUGCAAUCUACUUUUAUUUUCUCCUACUUAGUUCACUGGUAGUUGCCUUUUCCCCAGUUUGAUAGUAUCCCUUUCAACAAUCACAGCACUGGCGUUGCAAAUAGAUUAGGGAAGCACCCAAAGCUGGAUGAAUUGUGCAAAAUGUAUGUUCAGCAUGUAUAUAUAAUACCAUGCCUCUUAAAUAUGCUUCUCUUAAAAGGGUGCACGCUACAGCAUGAACUGUGUGCAUAUUUGAUGUAUCUUCCUGGAAUAUGCUGUAUGCUUAAUAUACAUAUUCUAUAAAUAGAGUUAUAAAAUGUAUAAUAGAAAUACAUAUUUCUGUAUGCAAAUAAAUAUAUUAUACACAAAGUCUGAGUAUGUAAUAUGGUAUAUGUUGCUUCAGAGUAUCAAAAGUAGAUUUUAUA